AUGGGAAAAUGCGAGUAUGCCCGGUACGCGUGUUUCGGGUCAGUCAACUGUGGACCACCGUGUUUCGUCAACAACCCAACCUGCAGGUUCCUUCCUGACGGCCUCAACGCCUACGAAAACCGCCCUGGCUCUUCUUUCUACGUUGUCUUUCUUGUAGACGGUUUGGAUCUCAUCAACAGCCCCAUGAUGUGUGAGUGUCGAGUGUUGUGCUUGCUGAUGGUGCUGCUGGCCGCCCUGGAAUCAUCAUCAGCUUUGAUUUCACCCACAAGCAACGUCGACGUGAACCCCAUUUGUAAGACAACGACGGAGACACUGAUCCCCCACCCAACUGAGUGUGCCCAGUACUACAACUGUAGCGCACCGGGCCUGAAAAUGCAGGGUUACACCUUAGGACAGAACCAACAGGAAUGUCCCUUCCCGGAGCUGUACAACCCUGAUACACAGAGAUGUGAGCACUACAGCAUGGUCACGUGUGGCAGCAGAAGAGAGCCUCUGGGGAGGUGCGAAUAUGAGAAGGGCAAAUGCCAUGAGGGAAUGCGCUGUUGGAUACCAUGCUCCGUUAACUACCCCACCUGCAGGAACCUCUCCGACGGCCCCAACGUCUACGAAGAUCGCCUCAACUCUACCUACUACGUGGUGUGCGUUAAUCAACGACUGGUCUACAUUGGCCAGUGCCACUAUUUCGGAAUGGGGAUGCCUAUGUUUGACCCCAAAUUGCGCGCCUGCAGGUGUUCGUAAAAAAUCCGUUGCUUUACAAAUCACAAUUGCAAUGUGAAGUAAAGAAUUUCUCAACAAUA